AUGAAGUGGGGUGCAAAAAAACCAUCUUCUUCUUCUUCUUCUUCUUCUUCUUCUUCUACUUCUUCUGGUUCUUUUUCUUGGCUUUCUAAGUUGAAACAUAUGAGAAUCAAUUCAGAUUCAAAUCAUGCAAAAAUUAAGCAGAAAGAAAAGAAGAUUUCUCAACCUUCAUGUUUUGAUAUUGGUGGAAAAUAUGGUAACAAAAGUGGAAGAAAACAAGGUAUAGUCAAGUUAAAGGAGGAGGAUAUUAUUGGUUUAGAAGAUCAAAGAAAAAUGGUGAAUGAUAAGAAGGGUUUGAUGAAGAUUGAUGAGUAUCAUGAAUAUGAUAGAGAAAAGGAAUAUGAAAACAUAAGGAGAAGAUUUGAGAGGAAAGCACAACAGGUUUUGGAAGAACAAUUGUUGAAAUUAGAAAGAGAAGCAAAAGAAGUAGAAGAUGUUAAAUUUCAAUAUGAAUCUCCAAGAACAAUUUGUACACCAAGAACAACACAUUCUUUUGCUUCUUCUAAUGCAGAUUCAACGAAGAAUUCUUCUAGCUUAAGAAAUAUUCGUUUUGAGAAAAGUGAAAUUGCAUCGUCUCAGAAGAAAGAAAGUUAUGAGAAGCAUAGUUUGAAAAAACAUGAAGAGUUGAAGGUAAAGACUCAAGAAAAACAAAGGAGGAAACCAAAGAAAGUUUCGAGGGUGAAAAUAUAUUCACCAAGAUUGGUUUCAAAGGUUGAAAUAAGCAGAAUAAAGGCAUUAGAAGAAAUGAGGAACAAAGCAAAACAAAAGAUGAAGAAAGAAAGGGAAGAAGAAAUUGUGGAGGAAAUUAUUAGUACUAAACCAGAAUUAGAUAGUUUUGCUGUGAUUAAAUGUUCAUCAAAUCCAAAGCAGGAUUUUAGAGAUUCAAUGAUUGAGAUGAUUGAAGAGAAACAGAUUAGUAAGGCAGAAGAAAUGGAAGAGUUGUUGGCAUGUUAUUUGACUUUGAAUGCUGAUGAGUAUCAUGAUCUCAUAAUCAAAGUAUUUAGGCAGGUAUGGUUUGAUAUAAGUCAAUAUGGUUUAGGUGUUAGAUCAGAAAUGCAAUGGGGUUUUCUAUGA